AAUUAAAUAUCAAUCAUGUGUGUGUCUCUGUCCCCUGUGCUAGUGAGGAAGAAGGAGAAGAGGCAGAAGGGAGUGGAGGAGGGCCGUAGAAGGAGGAACGCCAUCCAUCUGAAUGGGUUGUAUACGGUAGAGACGGUGGUGGUGGCAGACUCAGACAUGGUGCAGUACCACGGGGCAGAGGCCACGCAGAGAUUCCUACUCACCGUCAUGAACAUGGUGUACAACAUGUUUAACAGCAAGAGUCUGGACGUCAGAAUCAACAUACGGGUGACCAAGCUGGUCCUGCUCCACAACCGCCCAGACAGGCUGAAAGUGGGCCACCACGGAGAGAGGUCCCUGGAGAGCUUCUGUCAGUGGCAAUGGGAGGAGUACGGCGGCCCCCGUUACCUAGGCAACAAUUACGUGCCCGGGGGCAGGGAUGACAUCCCACCUGUGGACACAGCCGUGCUUGUCACUAGGACUGACUUCUGCGUGCACAAAGACCAGCCCUGUGACACAGUGGGUAUUGCCUAUCUGGGAGGGGCGUGCAGCUCCAAGAGGAAGUGUGUUCUGGCCGAGGACAACGGACUCAACCUGGCCUUCACCAUAGCCCACGAGCUGGGACACAACAUGGGGAUGAGCCAUGAUGACGACCAUGCUACCUGUACAGGCCACUCCCACAUCAUGUCUGGCGAAUGGGUGAAGGGCCGUAACCCCAGCGACCUAUCAUGGUCCCCCUGCAGCCGUGAUGACCUGGAGAAGUUCCUCAGGUCCAAAGCCAGCAGCUGUCUGCUCCACACAGACCCCAGAAGCCGCUACCAGGUUCGCCUGCCACCCAAGCUGCCAGGCAUGCACUACAGUGCAGACGAACAGUGUCAGAUCCUCUUUGGAACCAACGCCACCUUCUGCAAUGAUAUGGAGCACCUGAUGUGCGCGGGCCUGUGGUGUUUGGUGGAAGGAGACAAGUCCUGUAAGACCAAACUGGACCCUCCUCUGGAUGGCACAGAGUGUGGAGCUGACAAGUGGUGCCGGGCAGGGGAGUGUGUAAGUAAAAGCCCUAUCCCACAGCAUGUGGAUGGGGACUGGAGCAUCUGGAGUCAGUGGAGCCAGUGCAGUAGAACCUGUGGCACCGGAGCCCAGUUCAGACAGAGGAAAUGUGACAACCCACCGCCAGGUCCCGGUGGUAGUAACUGUCAGAAGGCCAGUGUGGAACAUAAAGUGUGUGAAGGUCCUCCCUGCCCUAAAGGAACACCCAGCUUCAGAGAGCUGCAGUGUCUCUCCCAUGACCGCCAGGCCGGCAAGAAGAAGAACAGCAUAUGGACCGCAGUCAAUAACGAUGAGAAGCCGUGUGCCCUGUUCUGUUCCCCUGUGGGGAGAGAUUCCCCCAUCCUGGUGGCAGAGAGAGUGAUGGAUGGAACACCAUGUGGACCCUACGAGUCAGACCUGUGUGUCAAUGGCAGGUGUCAGAAAAUCGGCUGCGAUGGCAUCAUCGGCUCGUCAGCCAGGGAGGACCGCUGUGGGGUGUGUAACGGAGACGGACACUCCUGUAAGAUCGUCAAGGGAGACUUCAACCACACCAUGGGCAGGGUCUCCUCUAGCCACUGUAAGAAGGUUUCUACCUGUGUGAUGGCUAAACCAAGGGCUGUCCCCAAGUGUUUCUCAUGUUACAUCGAGGCUGCUGUCAUCCCCGUUGGUGCUAGGAGAAUCAAAGUUGUGGAGGACAAGCCCUCACACAGCUUUCUGGCAAUGAAAGACUCUACCAAGAGGUCCAUCAACAGCGACUGGAAGAUCGAGCUUCCUGGAGAGUUCCAGCUUGCCGGCACUACAGUGCGCUACGUCCGGAGAGGACUCUGGGAGAAAAUGUCCGCCAAGGGACCCACCAAGACCCCGCUGUACCUCAUGGUGCUGUUGUUCCAUGACCAGACCUACGGGAUACACUAUGAGUACACAGUGUCUCUGAACGUAACUGAACGUGAUGAUGUCAGUGAGGAGCAGAGAGCACCAGAGCACCUCUACCUUUGGACACACAGCUCCUGGCAAGACUGCAACGUACAGUGUGGAGGAGGUGAGAGGAGGACAGUGGUGUCCUGUAUGAGGCUGGUCAAUAAGAGCAUGACUCUGGUGAAUGACAGCCUCUGCCAACCAGAGAACAGGCCAUUAUCCCAAGUACGACGCUGCAACUCACACCCCUGUCAGUACAGGUGGGUGACAGGGGAGUGGGGCCAGUGCUCGGUGACGUGUGGGAAGGGUCUCCAGCUGCGUGAGGUGGGCUGUGUGUACCAGCUGCAGAACGGAUCCCUUAUCCACACACGGGACUUGUACUGCCAGGGGGGCAAACCCCCCGCCCUGCAGGGCUGCGAGGGACGCCACUGCCUCAUUGCCUGGGAGGCCUCUGAGUGGUCCAAGUGUUCUUCAGACUGUGGCAGUGGGGUCCGUCGGAGGAUAGUGAGGUGCACCAACCCCCAGGGGAGCUGUGACCCCCUCUCUCAGCCUGCUGACCAGGAGCCCUGUGAGGACCGCUCCAAAUGUUACGAGUGGAAGACUGGGGACUGGUCCAAGUGCUCAUCAUCCUGUGGGAAGGGCCUGCAGUCCAGAGUGGUCCAAUGUAUGCACAGAGUGACAGGUCGCCACGGUAAUGACUGCCCCGUGGUGUUCAGACCACCCACCUACCGGCCCUGUCACCAGGAGGCCUGCAAUGACAAAGUCAACGUCAACACCAUCACCUCCCCCAGAUUAGCUGCUCUGACCUACAAGUGCACAGGAGACCAGUGGACUGUGUACUGCCGUGUGAUCCGAGAGAAGAACCUGUGCCAGGACAUGAGAUGGUACCAGCGCUGCUGUGACACCUGCAGAGACUUCUACGCCAACAAAACACCCCGCAAGAGUUAAUGAUGAAAGCACUCGCACACAUACUGUACACAGACAGACAGACACACACUUCACCUAGUGCUACGAUUUUAGAUGCUUCUGUAACACUUGACUUAAAGCUUGCGGGUAUAAUGCUUUGUAAGUCGUUAUAAGCAUGAAUGAGCCUUUAUAAUGUGUUAUAAUAAGGCUUAUGAUAUGAUAUGUCUCUAUGUAUCAGUAUGUUAACCGACUCAAAAUGGCUGUUAUUUAGACUGCUUCAGGAGAUGAUACAAAUAUAUUGUAAGGGUCUCAUGGCAGGUCUUUAUGCCGGCCAGCUUUAAGUAAAGAGUUACAGAUGUUUUUACUGAAUUAUUCAUAUUCUUAUUAUUAGUUAUAGGACAUUCAAUUUUGGAGAAAAAAGUGGAAAUGAGUGCAGAGACCAUUUCAAGUGGGAUCAUAAGCUUGCUGUUGUCAUGAAGACUUGAAAACCUUCUUUAUCUUGUUUUAUUGCUGUAAACCAAAGCGAGGGACUUCGAAGUCUGGGGAGUUUCUCGGUGGGUAGCCUGUCGCGUCAACGUUUCUUGUACAGUGUGAUUUAACAUUAGCGUUAACAUAUGUGAUAACACGAAAGUUCAUUGUUGUCAGAUUGUCUAUAGAUGCUCAGUGAACUAUCAAAACAUGUCUGAUUUUCAUGGCAUCCCGGGUGGCGCAGUGGUCUAAGGCACUGCAUCGCAGUGCCAGCUGUGCCACCAGAGACUCUGGGUUCGAGCCCAGGCUCUGUCGCAGCCGACCGGGAGGCCCAUGGGGCAGCGCACAAUUGGCCUAGCAUCGUCUGGGUUAGGGAGGGUUUGGUUGGCAGGGAUAUCCUUGUCUCAUCGCGCACUAGCGACUCCUGUGGCGGGCCGGGCACAGUGCACGCUGAUCAGGUUGCUAGGUGUACGACACAUUGGUGCGGCUAGCUUCCGGGUUGGAUGAGUGCUGUGUCAAGAAGCAGUGCGGCUUGGUUGGGUUGUGUUUCGGAGGACGCAUGGCUCUCAACCUUUGCCUCUCCCGAGUCCAUACGGGAGUUGCAGCGACAAGACAGUAACUACUAACAAUUGGAUACCCUGAAAUUGGGGAGAAAAGGGGCAAAAAAAAUUUUUUACACCAUGUCCGAUUUUCAAAUGCACACACCGAAUCUAAGAAUACAGCUAGGGUGGCUGAAUAUGAGUAAUUGUAUGUUACUUGGAGCGGCAGGUAGCCUAGUGGUUAAAGCUUUGGGCCAGUAACUGAAAGGUUGCUGGAUCAAAUCCCUGACAAGGUAAAAAUCUGUUGUUCUGCCCCUGAGCAAGGCAGUUGACUCCCCGUUCCCUGGGUGCCGAAGAUGUCGAUUAAGUCAGCCCCCCGCACCUCUCUGAUUCAGAGGGGUUGGGUUAAAUGCGGAAGACACAUUUCAGUUGAAUACAUUCAGUUGACUAGGUUGUCCAACUGACCCAGUCUAGUGAGUGGCCAGCCAGUGGCUUGGUGAAUACAGGGCCUGCUGAACUAAACACAAGAGAAUAUACAGAAUAUGCGGCUGGUGGCACCUUAAUUGGGAAGGAUGGGCUCAUAGUAAUGGAAAAAAUGGAAUGGUUUCAAACACAUAAAAUACAUGAUACCAUUCCCCUUUCCCUUACUUACAUAGAUAUAAUGUAUGUACAUCACAGGAGGCUGGUGAGGGGAGGACUGCUCAUAAUAAUGGCUGGAAUGGAGUGAAUGGAAUGGUAUCAUGUGUUUGAAACCAUUCCAUUUAUUCCGUUCCAUCUGUUACUAUGAGCCCGUCCUUCCCAAUUAAGGUGCCACCAGCCGCCUGUGACAUACAUACAGUACUUACACACACGUACAUUGAAAGACCUGUAAGUACUUUGUUAUUGCAUGUUAACAGAGGUGCAGUUGACAUGUAAUACAUCCAAAUGGUAGUUUGUACGUAGUCUGAGCAUGUAGAUCUGUAGGGGAAAAUUCAGAUAAAGUGGGACUGCAUAUUCUCUUGUGUUUAGUUCAGCUGGCCCUGUAUUCACCAAGCCACUGGCUGGCCACUCACUAGGCUGGGCCAAGAGACCUGGGUCGUGUUCAUUAGGCACCAGAUGGACUGAAACAGGUAGGGACUACUUGAACUUGUUCAAUAAGAAACGCUCAUUUUCUUUUUUCCGUUGCAACGUUUAAAAACUUUUUCUGUUGUGUGCUUUAAUGAACAUGACCCUGGUUUCUUCUCUUAGGGACAAACCGUAACUUGAUGACUUGAGAUAACGUGAAUUUCGCAUUGACAUCAACCCAUAAGCUAAGUCUUGGUUCCACGUUUGGAUCUCAAGUUAGGAUUUGUCCCUUAGUUCCACUAUAGACUAGGUGUACUUGCAUUUUGUUGAUGUUUUUUGUUGAUGUCAUUGUCAUUUUUUGGCGGUUGUUGUUAUUUAAAACUAGCCAAAAGCCGUUGUAAGGUACUGUAGUUCUACAUUGAAAUGAUCAAGCUAACGAUAGGAGACCCACUAUUCCCUAGGCUCACCUGAAGGCCUUGGACAGCCCAUGUAGCAUCCGUCUCUCUCUUGAGGAUCCAAUGUUGGAGACAGUGCAGUGGUGGGGGUGUAACUUAAGAGAAGAUUAGAUGUCUCUUAAGUUACUUUUGUCCUACAGUUAACCACAUACAGUGUAUUCAGUACUGUAUAUGUGAGUGGAAUCUACAACCCAGUGUCGUUAACACCUUACUCCAACUACGCUCCAUGAACCAACUGAGCUAUCUCGGUGAAGCAGGUUGCAGCUAGAUUGUUAGGUUCGUUGUAAAACAAAAAUCCCUGUGUCAUGUGUAUGUCUGUUGUCCUCCCUUGGUGCUUGAGGUGUGCGUCAUCAUGACGAUGUACCAAAUGUGACGUAAACUAGUCUCUGGUUUCAAACUUUACACUUACUCCAAACCUGGUGCUUGUUAACGUUUCCAUACAUCAUCAAACUUUACACUUACUCCAAACCUGGUGCUUGUUUAACGUUUCCAUACAUCAUCAAACUUUACACUUACUCCAAACCUGGUGCUUGUUAACAUUUCCAUACAUCUUCAAACUUUACACUUACUCCAAACCUGGUGCUUGUUAACGUUUCCAUACAUCAUCAAACUUGAAAUUGGUUUUAACUAUUAAACAAUCAUUCAAACACAAUGUGAGGCUUACACCGAUUUCAACAGCUUGCCCUUGUGCAUGAGUGUGACCCAAGUAGACGUCACAAACAUCAGCAUGUAAACAUGAAUGGAGGCAGCGUUAUGUUUGCUACAAAAGGAUGGUGCAGUAGAUAACUGACUGUAAAUAAUGUACAGUUAGUUAUCACAGACAUUCUUUAUCCAAAAAGGACGAAGUGACUCCAGUUGUGUUCACGUUUUACAGAUUAUGACUUAAAGGGGUAAUCUGCAGUUGUGUUCACGUUUUACAGAUUAUGACUUAAAGGGGUAAUCUGCAGUUGUGUUCACGUUUUACAGAUUAUGAUUUAAAUGGGUAAUCUGCAGUUGUGUUCACGUUUUACAGAUUAUGACUUAAAGGGGUAAUCUGCAGUUGUGUUCACGUUUUACAGAUUAUGACUUAAAGGGGUAAUCUGCAGUUGUGUUCACGUUUUACAGAUUAUGAUUUAAAGGGGUAAUCUGCAGUUGUGUUCACGUUUUACGGAUUAUGACUUAAAUGGGUAAUCUGCAGUUGUGUUCACGUUUUACGGAUUAUGACUUAAAGGGGUAAUCUGCAGUUGUGUUCACGUUUUACGGAUUAUGACUUAAAGGGGUAAUCUGCAGUUGCUACAUACAUUGUUUGAUUUAUAAAUGAGCUCAGGUCAACUGUCUUACCCCAUCAGAACCCCAAAUGCUUGUUUUACUCCACAAACACUAUAAAGCCUUGAAACAUGGUUAAAAUGAGCAGUUUCAUAUCAUGGAUGGUCAGUCCUUGCAUCCAUAGCUCGGUCUAUGAAUUUUAGAGUAGUUACAUUUCUCCAGACUUUUUUGAUCGUUUUAACUGCUGAUUGACGCUUUAACCACUUUCCAAGGGUAUUACGUAACAUUCAGCUCUGUACUGUAUAUCGAUGUCACUGGCCUAGUUAUCUUGGUUCUUGGAGUUGGCUGAAGCAGAAACAGAUCUAGAGUUACCAGUCUAUGUAGUGUAUAUCUAUAUUUCUAGCCUGGUUCUUUGUGGUCUAUGGAGACCACCAUGACUAAUCAGUUAGCCCCCAGGUAGAGACCCUGGCUCCCAGGCAGCCCCCAGGUAGAGACCCUGGCUCCCAGGUAGAGACCCUGACCCCCAGGCAGCCCCCAGGUAGAGACCCUGGCUUCCAGGUAGAGACCCUGACCCCCAGAUGGAGACCCUGACCCCCAGGUAGAGACCCUGACCCCCAGGUAGAGAUCCAGUCCCCCAGUUAGAGACCCUGUCCUCCAGGUAGAGAUCCUGACCCCCAGGUAGAGACCCUGGCCCCCAGGUAGAGAUCCUGACCCCCAGGCAGAGACCCUGUCCCCCAGGUAGAGACCCUGACCCCCAGGUAGAGAUCCUGACCCCCAGGCAGAGACCCUGUCCCCCAGGUAGAGAUCCUGACCCCCAGGCAGAGACCCUGUCCCCCAGGUAGAGACCCUGACCCCCAGGUGGAGACCCUGACCCCCAGGUAGAGACCCUGACCCCCAGGUCAGUAAGCCCCCAGGUAGAGACCCUGGCCCCCAGGAAGCCCCCAGGCAGAGACCCUGGCCCCCAGGCAGACCCCAGGCAGAGACCUUGGCCCCCAGGCAGAGUCCCCAGUAUUGGGAUAAGAGCUGAUAUGGGCCUGGUCAGAACAGAGAAAACAAACAGCCCAGCUCUCAGAACUCCUGAGUCCCACAUUCCCAACCCUUCAGAGCAGGGAAUCAUUAAUCAAUCAAACAAUCUAACAUGGUACCGUUUACCUACGUGUUCAGAACAUGUAGGACAGAGGACCACCCUGGCAGUACCGUGUGUGUGUGUGUGUGUGUGUGUGUGUGUGUGUGUGUGUGUGUGUGUGUGUGUGUGUGUGUGUGUGUGUGUGUGUGUGUGUGUGUGUGUGUUUGCAUGCGUGUGUGUAAUCGAUGCAUGUCUCUGUGGUACGAGCCGUCAGUGGUGAGAUCUUCAUUGAAAAGGUCACACUGUUCACACUUUGAAGACAGACUUGUAAAGAAAACAUCACGGUUAAAGACAUGCUCCGGUACUUUGUGAAUAAGAAAGUAUUUUGUAACCCUCCCACUUUGGACUGGAUGUGUCAAUGUGUAGUUCAUACAUGCAUAAUCACUGUCUUGCCUCAAUUAGGCAGAAAUUCCUAGUUAGAAGCUGUGCCAAGCCAUCUUCCUGACAUUUCCCCCUCGUGGGCCAGCCUCCUAGCAAUUUGAGUUCUAGCCAAUAAGCUUCAGCCCCUCACAUUUGAGUGACCACUAGCAAGAUGCAUGCCCAGUUAUUCAAUGAGGUUGGGCCCAACAGCUCAGUGGACACAGCAGAGAAAGAGCAGGAGAGAGAGAGAGCAAUGACGUGGUGCACAUAUCUGCACAUACUGUAUGUGACUUAGUACAUUUUAGUCAUUUAGCAGACACUCUUAUCCAGAGCGACUUACAGUAGUGAAUGCAUACAUUUCAUACAUUUCUUUCCCCCGUGCUGAUCCCCCGUGGGAAUCGAACCCACAACCCUGGCAUUGCAAACACCAUGCUCUACCAACUGAGCCACACGGGACCAGUACGCAAUUUUCAGGGACCACUUAUGGCUCGUGAAUGCUACUUUCGGUACUACUGGCUAAAAAGUAAACAAAACUACCGGAGAAUCUCUUUAAACAGCUGAGACCGGCCCAUAGAGUUAGACAGAUGGCACAUAUUUGCAUCGUUUGCCAUAAUGGCUUCUGUGACUGAAAAAGUCCCACCAAGUUGACUACUUCAAAAGGUGUAACACCUCAAUGGUGAGGUGAUGUCCAUGCUAAAAUAGAAUUUAUGGCAAGUGGGCCCUCUAUAAAACCCUAUGGCCUGGCCUGCAAUUGAAUGAUACUGGUUACGGAUAGAGGGGCCGAGGCAUGUGGGUCUUGUUUCAACUCUGGUACCUACAGGUAGAAUAUGAUACCAUUCCAACUUAUGCCUAGACCCUGUAGUUGGGGCUAUGGAGACCCUGUGGUUGUGGCUAUGGAGACCCUGUGGUUGUGGCUAUGGAGACCCUGUGGUUAUGGAGACCCUGUGGUUGUGGCUAUGGAGACCCUGUGGUUGUGGCUAUGGAGACCCUGUGGUUGUGGCUAUGGAGACCCUGUGGUUGUGGCUAUGGAGACCCUGUAGUUGGGGCUAUGGAGACCCUGUGGUUGUGGCUAUGGAGACCCUGUGGUUGUGGCUAUGGAGACCCUGUGGUUGUGGUUAUGGAGACCCUGUGGUUGUGGCUAUGGAGACCCUGUAGUUGGGGCUAUGGAGACCCUGUGGUUGUGGCUAUGGAGACCCUGUGGUUGUGGUUAUGGAGACCCUGUGGUUGUGGCUAUGGAGACCCUGUCGUUGUGGCUAUGGAAACCCUGUGGUUGUGGCUAUGGAGACCCUGUGGUUGUGGCUAUGGAGACCCUGUGAUUGUGGUUAUGGAGACCCUGUGGUUGUGGCUAUGGAGACCCUGUGGUUGUGGCUAGAGAGACUGUGAAUAUACCAUACAGGUGCAGUGGGGAUGACACCUGUUAAAAAGGAGGCUUGACCUCAAGUGUGGGAUCACAUUUCAAAGUUCUGACCCCUUUCCGUUGGUGUGUGUGUGUGUGUGUUGAAUAGAGGCCUCAGUCCUGGCUCUCCAGACAGCCUGUGGGGUUUGAAUGGUGCUAACUGACGACAUAAUUCACUACUGUGGAAUCCAGCUUUGUUUCACGUUCUCUGUAUUGUGUUUCUGUUGUUGUUGUUGCUGUUUUCCCAUAUGUAAUUGUGGAUUAACAUUUUUUUAAAUUAUUUAAUAGAGAAAAGUAGCUGCUUUUUUAUGAGUAAUUGUUGCAACCUUCUUCAACUGCUAUGUUACUGAUAUAGUGCAAAUAUGCUUAAAUAUUCCUGUACUGUACGUUAUUGUAGUUGCACAUAUGUUUGGUACAUAAAUUGCCACUACAUGUAUUUUAUGGUGCUGAUUCAGUUUAAAAUAAGUUUUGAACUGUUAACACUUAAAUAAAUGAAUGUGUUGUUUUACAGUGAUUUAACCAUUUGAGUUUUUUUGUUAAUGUGCCUUAUAGUCAUUCUAUACCUGUACUGUUAUACAGUGAUACUCCAAGAUUCACAGACAAAUGUGACCUUAACAGAAAUCUAAGUACAAAUCUGAAUGAUUGGAAAUAUAUAUAUUUUUAAAGUCUACUGCAAGUUGAUUUGUUUUAUUUUUGACAUAAUAAAAUGUGAUUUUACAUGGGGACAAAUAUGA